CUGAGAAGGAAGCACAGCCCUUCCCGGGCCCACUCUUCAGCUGCUUUCCUACAAGUCGUUUGUGUACCAGAACAGCCCUGUGAAACAUGGUGGGCCAAUCAGUCCUGCUGGCAGCUGUCUCCUUCCUUUCUUCCUGUCAGCAAAGUUAUUUUGCCUGGCAGGUUGGAAAUGCAAGAAUGAAGUGCAAGGUUGCACCCCCAGCAGUCACCGGGUCACUGGAAUUUGAGAGAAUAUUUCGUGCACAACAAAAUUCUUUGGAAUUUUAUCCCAUAUUCAUUGUAAACUUGUGGAUAGCUGGAUGGUAUUUCAAUCAAGUUUAUGCUGCAUGCCUGGGUUUUAUGUACAUGUUUGCGCGUCACAAGUAUUUCUGGGGCUACGCUGAAGCCGCUGACAAGAGGGUCAUUGGGUUCCGGUUGAGCCUGGGGAUUUUGUUCUUGUUGGGUGUCCUGAGUGCCAUGGGGCUUACAAGCAGCCUUCUGGAUGAAUACCUGGAUUUCCAUGUUGCCAAGAAGCUGAGAGGGGCCUUCUAA